UUUCUUGCGGUGCGAACGUUUUUGUGUAUCAUAUGAAUAGGGGAAACGCACAAGAAUUGAAAUUCAAAACAAAAAUUUCAUACAAUUCGGUUUCAAGAAACCUCAAAAGAGAGUGCACACAACAAAAUAACAACAACAACCAAAAGUUCCUAUUGAAGUGCCGCGUUGGCCAGCCAAUUAACCGCACACUGAGCCACCGAGAAGAAGAUGUAUACAAUAGAGCCUGACUAUACCAUUUCGGAUGUGGGCUAUCCACAAUAUCGCAGUGGAGACCAUACAGCAGCCGAUGUGGCAAUGUUUGAGCAAAAAGUCUACAGCAAAUGCUGGACUACCUCUGCCUACUUCUCCUCCUCCAGAUCGUCAUCAUCUUGCGGCAGUCCAAGCCGUUUAUUGCCAUUAAGAGAAACGUUAAGCGAUUACAACAAACGUAUCUGGCAAAGGGAACAAAUGGAGAAAAGCAAUAACCGACGAAGAAGAUGUGGAGAACAUAAUGUUAAUGAUAAUCAUGUUGAUGAUAAUAAUGAACAUGACGCAUUGGUCCAGCAAAAACAACAGAAAAAUCUUUACAAUGAGCAAACAAGAAUCAAAGGCAAUCAAAAAUGUCGAGAUAAAGGCAAGACAAUGUCAACAAAGUCAAUACAUGAUCUGAAUAGUUUCUGAUUGUUGACGUCGACAUUGAAGGGAGCCCUCCCAAGAACCUCCAAACAAAACACAACAUAUUCUGACUGAUUAAAUGUGCUAAAACAAAAAAAGGAAAAGAGAAAGAAGAGAACAAUUUCUAGCAUUUAAGUUAAUACUCUAAGUAAAUAAAAUAGAAUCAAAACAAAACAGAA